AAAAAAUCGGACACACUGUUGUAGAAUAUACAAUAUGGUGUAUUAUCAUGUCAGUGAAGCAGAUCAGCAAACGAAAAGAAAUACUUAGGAGACAUACACAGAGACAACCUUAAGGGGAAAUGUGAAUUAUACUGUCACUAGUAACUGUUUGAACAGGCAUCCUAAUGUCCAAAAUAUGUUGUUUAUCGUUAUAGAUUUUCAGACACGCAACCAAAUAUUUUUAACCAGAUCAGAUCAUGUGGAACCCUUUAAUCCUAAUCCCUCUUUUAUAAUCACAUUUAAAUGAAUUAAUAAUUCAAAUUUUGCAACACUUACCAUAAAUUUAUGCAUCUCACUGCAUUAUUCCAGUUCUUAGAACAGUGCACAUACUCUACCAGAGACUGAUUUAGUGUUUUAAGUUAUUUAAUGGUCCAUCCAUCAGAUUUUAACUGAAAGCUAACUGCAACAAUCUAAAGCAGAGAGCUAAUAUUAAUGUUUGUAAUAUGUAACAUCAUAAAUGACAAGGAAAGAUGGAAUAAUAAUACUAGAUCACGACGUAAAUUAUAAAAAAAAAAAAUUCUCAUAUUGCCCUUUUUUACAUUUCUUUUUAUAUUAUAUUUUCCAGCGGAGAAAACAUUGACAGUCAAUCAGAAUCCAACCGAUUAUAAAAGAGCGCCAGAGGACAACUGCAGAGCUUUAUGCGUGCAUUGGUGUGGACGCUAAUAUAGUUAUUUAAAAUGAUUAAAACAGUGAGUAAAGGGGUAAAUGGCAGGAUUUAUAUUUUAAAUGAACAAUCAUUUAAUCUUUACCAACUGUUUUACUUUUUGUCAAUUUCUAUAUCGAAUUAACAUUAAACUUUUGUCUAACAAUGACUUUUAUUUUGACACUUAAGACCAAAGACCAAACUCCGGAAGUUUUCUCCGGAAGUCCUCGCUGAGUGCAGAGAGUUGUACCUGCAGAUUUUUAAUAACAGGUUUAUUUCAUUGAAAAGAACCGUAUGAAUUCCAUUUGUGAUCUUUGCUGUGGAGACUUGACUGUACCGCUUUGCUGCGAAUGAAGUGACCAAUUUUGGGUUCAAACUCUUCUGUGAUUCAGAAUGUCCUGCAUGGAGAACAUUGUUGUUUACAUUCCCAAAGGAACGUGUGUCAAAAACAUCCCUGUGCAGUCCCUGUCCAGCUCCACGGCCAGGAAGAUCCGUGUCGCUCUGUCUCAACAUGAAUCAGAGAAACAGAUGCCGCAGACAGUGACGUGGAUCUGUCCGGUUGAGCUACGGGAAAAAGAAGUGGCCGUGGGCAAGGACAGCAGAGAAACACUUCCCCACAGGCCGCUGGUCACCAAAAUAACUCCAGGCCAGUUUUUGCUGCCUGUUGUGAGUUCCAGCAUCACUGCCUUUAAGGUCUUAAAAGCGAUUUUAAAAACGCAUAAGCCUAAAAUACAGUUUUCAGGGCAGGAGAUUGAAGCGGCCUCUCAGCCCAGCGUCAGGGAUUCAGUUGAGCGAAAUGCCAUCAUUGUGUUUAAUGGCCAGAUCUUCCUCUCAGUGAGGAAGUCACGUUGCAGGCAAGUGAGACUGCAAAACUCUCCCUCAGCACCUUCAGGUGUGUGUCCGGUUUCUCCCAGUCAACAGCACCAGAUAAACACUGCAUCUAGUUGUCAGGCACAACCACUCCCGGAGACUUCACCCAGAUCACAACAGAGCAAGAAAAGUGAGGCACCCUCAGAGUCCAGGGCAGCGAGUAGCCCACCUAAACCUCCUGAGGAUCUGGAGUCCAUUCAGGAGCCCAACAUCCUCCAGCAGUCCCAAAUCAUCCACUCAUCAUCUACCGUCUCACCUAGUUGUCAGGCACAACCACUCCCAGACACUUCACCCAGAUCACAACAGAGCAAGACUCGGGAUGGUCAGGCUCCAGUUACAGAUCUUGACAUUAUCCCACACAUUUCACCAAAAUUGCACGAAGUCUCUGAAGAAAUGCCUGAGCAAUGCUGUUUGGGCAAAGAGUGUCAAAAGGAAGGUGAGGCAGCCUCAGAGUCCAGGUCAGUGAGUAGCCCACCCAAACCUCCUGAGGAUCUGGAGUCCAUUCAGGAGCCUAACAUCCUCCAGCAAUCCCAGAUCAUCCAUGCAUCAUCUACCGUCUCAGACCAGCCCGAAGCAGCAGGUGGAGAAAGAGAGAUGAACGAGGAUGACAAUGAGCGUUUAGAGGCCGCUUUGCUCCCCAGAGCUGAGAGCUUUCUUGCAUUUGAUUUUGAACAGUUGGCCCAUGAGGAGAAAAUCAACAACCUACGAGCUCGGCUGAGAAAGAAGGAAGCCGCCCUCAGCACCUUUAAUACAAAGCCGACGGAUCAGAUUUAGAGGAUCAGACUUUGCCAAAGAUGUCUGUUCAAGCAGUGUAAAAGUUCUUCAUGCAUAAUUUCAUUUGAGCAGCAGAAGAAAUGUCUAAAACUUUGGUUAGGUUCAUUAAUUUAAUUGUUCAUUAUUUGAUAGCACAAAUAUUGUCAUUUAAAUAAAAUAAUAAUGGCAAAAAAAAAAAAAAAAUGCCAAUGCAAUGAAUAAUUUAGCAGAGUUUGCUUUUGCACAGGUAUCAGAAUAUCUGUUUGAUUUACUGCUAAAAUUAAAUAUAAUUCAGUGAGUCAGUUGGUUCAUUUAUUGGUCCAUAGUUUAAAUAAAAAUGGUUUUGUGUCA